AUUCUCAUCCAGCCUUUCCUUUUCUUGUCAAAUUCAUCGAUGUUGCUUACCAAAACAGCUCGAUCGAAGUUUCCCAAUUGGAUUUUGACUUGUAGGUGGAGACGAGGGCCUCUAUUCUAUUAUCUAUUAUCACAACAAACCCAUUUCUUGUAGUUUAGAAUAAAAGAAGAGGAAGAACCGUUCCUCAGUUAUUUCCCUUCCAACUAUGGAAGUCCAUUCUCCCAAUCGUGAAUUUGAUCCCCCUGCAAGGCUGUAAGUCCAAAUUAUUGAUCAAAGACUCAAUUUUGGUAUCUGGGUAUCAGUUAUUUUCUUUCUCUUUGUUCCUCUUGUGUGAGACAUUGUCAUCGUCAGUAGCUGAAGAUCUUUCUUUGUAUAGAAGAAGCGUAGUGGUAGAGACCCUUUUUGAGUUUAAGGGUCUUCUCUAAUCAAUACCUCUUAUUCCAAAUCGAUUUUCAAUAGUUGCUUCGUUGUAUCCAUUUCGUGAUUUAUGUUGAUUUUCGUAUUUGUUUCUCUCCUUCAAUAGUGGAGGUCCUCUGCUAUAUUUCUAAAUCUUUUACUCGGGUUGCUCUCUGUCCGUUGACUUUCUUGGCCUGAUCACUUAAAGCUCUACUCGGUAUUCAUAUUUCUUAGUUGAUUUCUUUAUUUUGCAAGCUUAUGCACCUUUUGUGAAUCUCAAGUCUCAAGCACCCAAAAUUUAGUUCCCUCAAUAGUGUUCCUUCCCUUAUUUGGUUGGAAAAAGUUUCUUCUCGAAUUUUUUAUACUACUUUCAACCUUAUGUUGGAUGUUCAUCUAGUCCAAGUUGAAUCUUAAAUCUCGGUUGAAACUUGUCCAUCAUAAGACUAAGUAUAGAUAUGGAUAAUUGUCUAUUCUGCUAAAACUCAUGUGUCUCGGUCAAUCUUAGAUGCUUAGAUAGGAGGCUCCGAUGUCAAUUAUAUGUGGCAUCCCUCUUCUUGAGUGUGUUUAUUGUUUGGCAUGUGCCCGCUGGGCUUGGAAACGAUGUCUCCACACAGCAGGCCAUGACAGUGAGAAUUGGGGUAUUGCCACUGCCGAAGAAUUUGAGCCUGUGCCUCGCAUGUGCUGCUAUAUUCUAGCUGUUUACGAAGAUGAUCUUCGGAACCCUCUUUGGGAACCUCCUGAAGGCUAUGGAAUCAACCCAGAUUGGUUGGAACAUAAGAAAUCCUAUGAAGAUACUGAUGGACAAGCUCCUCCUUACAUAUUGUAUCUCGACCAUGAUCAUGACGACAUAGUUCUUGCCUUUAGGGGCCUUAAUUUGGCAAAGGAAAGUGACUAUGCAGUUUUAUUGGAUAAUAAGCUGGGGCAGAGGAAAUUUGAUGGUGGUUAUGUUCACAAUGGGCUAUUGAAAGCUGCAGAACACGUGUUGCUUAUGGAAUCUGAUACUUUGAAGAACUUGGUGAUGAAGUAUCCAAAUUAUACUUUGACUUUUGCUGGACAUUCUCUGGGUUCUGGUGUUGCAGCACUGCUGGCUGUGUUAGCAGUGCAUAAUCGGGAAAAAUUGGGAAACAUUGACCGGAGAAGAAUCAGGUGCUACGCCAUUGCCCCUGCAAGGUGCAUUUCCUUAAAUUUAGCUGUUAGAUAUGCGGAUGUCAUCAACUCUGUUGUGCUUCAGGAUGACUUCUUACCACGAACAGCCACACCUUUGGAAGACAUAUUCAAGUCACUUUUCUGUUUGCCGUGCAUACUAUGCCUGAGAUGCAUGAGAGAUACAUGUAUACCAGAAGAAAAGAUGAUUAAAGAUCCAAGGAGGCUAUAUGCACCUGGCCGUCUCUACCACAUUGUGGAGAGAAAACCUUUCAGGAUGGGAAGGUUUCCUCCAGAAGUAAGGACAGCAGUGCCAGUGGAUGGAAGAUUUGAGCACAUAGUACUUUCAUGUAAUGCCACUUCUGACCAUGCCAUUGUUUGGAUAGAGAGAGAAGCGCGAAGAGCUCUAGAUUUAAUGUUAAAGAAAGAUCCUAUCAUGGAAAUUCCGGCGAAACAAAGAAUGGAACGGCAAGAGACAUUAUUGAAAGAGAAGAAAGAGGAGUACAAGGCUGCAUUGCAGAGAGCAGUAACACUAGCUGUGCCUCAUGCUUUUACACCUUCCCAGUAUGGAACUUUUGAUGAGGGAGUAGAGAGCUCACCUGGGUCAGCUGGGGAAUCAUCCUUUGGUUCAGUUAGGAGAACCAGAAGCACAGAAACCUUUGACGAAUAUUCUGCCAAAGAAGACUCGUAUAGAUGAUUGAAUGUAAUUUGUUAUUGAGGUUAAAAUUAAAAACAUGAGAAAAAGAGUAAUAAAUUUGCGGAAAAUCAUAUUCAUUGAUUCAUUUUUGUAUUUAUUUAUUUGUAUUGAGUUUGAGGUGGGAUCUGAAUAUUGAUAGAUAAAUAAUAAAGUUGUUAUCUGUA